GGUAUAUAUAUUCCCUUGAUAUGAUAGACCACAGAACAUACUUGUCUAGUGAGUUUUUCGAUCCUUUCUUCUGUUGUUGGUACCCUUUUCUCUAUUUCUUAGUUAAAAAACAUGGGAGAUCGGCUGCGUUUGGCAAUUGGAGUUCUGGGCAAUGCAGCUUCUUUGUUACUUUACACUGCACCCAUAUUAACUUUCACGAGGGUGGUAAGAAAGAGAAGCACCGAGGAGUUUUCAUGCAUUCCUUACAUCAUUACGCUGUUGAACUGUCUCCUUUACACUUGGUAUGGAUUGCCUGUGGUGAGCUACAAAUGGGAAAAUUUCCCUCUCGUCACUAUCAAUGGUCUAGGCAUCCUUCUUGAGAUUUCUUUCAUUAUCAUAUAUUUUCGUUUCGCUGAAACUAGACGAAAGAUAAAAGUUGGUGUUACGUUGCUUCCAGUACUCCUAUUAUUCUCUAUAGUUGCAGCUGUCUCGUCUUUUGCAUUCCACGAUCACCAUAGUCGCAAGAUUUUCACAGGAAGUGUUGGUCUGGUGGUAUCCGUGGGAAUGUAUGGUUCUCCAUUAGUGGUUAUGAAGCAAGUAAUACAAACAAAAAGCGUGGAAUUCAUGCCAUUCUACUUAUCAUUUUUUUCAUUCCUGGCAAGCUCUCUGUGGCUAGCUUAUGGACUACUCAGCCAUGAUCUCUUUAUCGCGUCUCCUAAUUUCCUCGGUGCCCCGUUAGGCAUCCUCCAACUUCUCUUGUACUGCAAGUACAGAAAAAGGGGUGUCAUGGAAGAACCACAGAAAUGGGAUGUAGAAAAGAAUGAAGACAAAUCCAAGCAGUUGCAGCUCGUGGUUAAUGACGAUACUAAUGGCAAAAGUUGAAGAAUUGGCUGGCAAUAUUCCUUUUGGGUGGGAAUAAAGUUCAAUGAAGCUAUUGGGAAGGCAGUAAGAACAGCUGAAGUUGUAUAAUGAAGGAAGAUAGUUGUAGUUCCAUUUCCAUGAUUUUAAUGAUAUUAUAUAUUUUUAUGAUGCUAAUUGAGUAAUAUAAUGUCCUCUAUUGAAUAAAAUAUCGAUGCAAAGGAAUUUCUCA